AUGGCCCACGCCGCUAUAUCAUAUAUGCAGCAGCGCCAGGAAGCCGGUGCCAACGCUUUCCUGGCGGCGGAGUCUAGAUUCGACCCCAUGGGCCACUUCCUCGCCCUCAAGGUCGCCCAUCAGGAACUCGCCCACCCCUCCACGGGGACGAAUGCAACGGCACGCUGCCGGGUCGAGGCGCAGAUCGGGUCGCUGGAGAACUGCUGGAGCGCGAUCACUUUCGGUACUCGAAGAGGAGGCCGGGCGCAACAGGGUGCUGUUUACCAUGGUCGGCGGCGAGGUGCUGUGCGUGGCCGAGGGCGAGGGCUUUGGCGAGGGUGUCGUGCCCCAAGUUCCCCAACGAUAACGCGGAGAGCAGGAGGCUGGAAAGGAGGACCCUCGGAGGGUUUGGGGGCAAGAACCUGGGAGGACGUCGGCAGGGAGAACGUGGCGAGGUCGUGGAGGUGUGAUGGGUGUGGUGACGGCGGGCAUUAUCACUAGGCGGGGCCUGCAGUUCACGGAAAGUAAAC